UCUCAAGAAAAUUAUUACUUUUAAAACUUUGAAAACUUCAUUUAGUGUAUAUAAAUUUUUUUUUUUUUUAACCAGAAACCUUUUCAAACAUUUGCAUACAUUUUAUACCAUUUUAUACAAUGAUUUUAUCAUUACCGGAAAAAUAUCCGAUUCUCAUUACCGCUUAUCAUUCAAUUUUAAAGAUAAAUUUUUAUUAUAUCUUUGCUACAUUAUUCAUUUAUUUAGCAAUAAGGCCAUAUAUCUAUUAUUAUAAAAAUCGAAAUUCAUUGGCACCUGGUCCAUUACCUUUACCAUUUAUCGGACAUUGGAAUAUAUUUUUAAUAGGAGAUGUGGCACAAAAUAAAUAUAAUCUUUCAGAAAAAUAUGGUGAAAUUUGUGAUAUAACAAUGUUUGGUCAACGAUGUGUUAUAAUAAGUUCACCAAAAUAUCUUAAAGAAUUAUUUAGUCCAAGUGUUCAUUCCCCAUUUCUUCGAAGAUUACCUUUAACUUCAGGUUUUAUUGAAUUAGGUAUGGAUAAAGAAGGAUUAUUAUUAAAUUGUGAUGUACCAAAAUGGAGACAUAAUCGAAAAUUCUUUCAACAAUCUUUAUCUCCUCCUUCAUUUCUUCAAUUAUGUACAAAAUAUACUGUAGAAUGUUGUGAAGAAAUUAUUGGUUAUUGGGAUUGUAUAAAAGAUGAUGAAGUUAUUAGAUUAGAUGAAUGGUUUAGAGCAUUCACAAGUGAUAUGAUGGGUUUGGUUGCUUCAGGUAGUAAAGAAACUUCAAUGAAAAUUCAAUUCAUGAAAUUUACAAAUCAAAUUUAUAAGGAAAAGAAAAUUGAAGAUGAAAAAAACAAAGGUGAAAUUUAUAGAAGAUUAAGAAGUGAAUACGCUGAUGCUUUGGGAUUUUAUAUUUUUGUACCUAAACUUCUUUGGAAUCUUCCUUUUAUAAGCGUAGCUGCUAAAUAUUAUAAAAAUAUUUUAAAUUAUUUAACAGAAUUUGAAAUUCAAUUUAUUAAAGAACGUAAACAACAAAUUAAAAUUGAGAAAGAUUAUAAUAUAAGUGAUCAAAAUAGUAAAGUUAGACCAGAUUUUCUUACUAUGUUAAUAACUCAAAAUACUGAAGAUGAUCCUUCUCCUGAUGAGAUUAAACAAAAUAUUAGAGAAAUGUUUAGUGCUGGUACUGGUACAACUACUACAACUUUAUGUUCUAUUGUUUAUUUAUUGGCAAAAUAUCCUGAACAUGAAGAUCGUAUGGUAAAAGAAAUUUUAAAUGUAAUUGGUAAUGAUGAUCAAAUUACUACUUCUAAUUUAUCAAAAUUACCUUUUACUGAAGCUAUAAUAAAUGAAUCAAUGAGAUUAUAUCCUGUAGUACCAAUAACUUAUCGUUAUUCUCCUGAUCAAAAUACUAAAAUUGGGGAUUAUCAUUUUAAUAAGGAUACAAUAUUUGCAAUUAAUUUAUCUCAUAUUCAUCGUAAUUCUGAAUAUUUUGAAAAUCCUGAUCAAUUCAUACCUGAAAGAUUUCUUGGUAAUUGGAAAGAAAGAAUUCCUAAAUUCGCUUUUUCACCUUUCGGUCAUGGUAUGAGAAAUUGUCCUGGUAAAAAUUUUUCUAUGGCAGAAAUGAAAGUUAUUUUAGCCACAAUAUAUAGAAAAUAUACUUUUAAAUUAGUUAAUCCUAAUGAACCUAUACAAUUUAAAUUCACUUUAGUUAAUGAUAUAAGUAAAAUGGAAGUAUACAUUGAAAGAAGAAAAUAAUUUCAUCAUUUUUAUUCUGUUGAUCAGUAAUGAAAU